AUGUAUCGAAGCUUACAUAUGCCAUCGUUGCUAUUCCCAUUGCUGGCGAUCACAUUGAGAAGCGUAUUGCACUCAUCUUCCGGUCCAUUAGAAUUCAUUGCAGUCCGAACAGAAACACCUCCAGUUAACAUCGAGGUUGGAAUCGGAGUUACUCUCGGAGUAGUCAAGGGUGAAGCCACGACAGAACUGCAUGCCGAAAGCGCUUGCUGA